UCAUCGAUGGAGAACGAGGCGACCGACAUCAACAAACUUUGCGCUUCGGUCCCGGAUGACUUGGCGAAAAUCAUUCGGGAAUAUCCUGAGAUUUUCCCGGACGACUUGCCAAGUGGACUGCCACCCAAACGACCCCAGGACCACAAGAUCGAGUUGGAGCCCGGCGCGCAGCCUACUGUACGCACGCAAUGGCGCCUGACUCAGCCGGAGCUACAGGAAUUACGGAACCAGCUGGACUACCUGCUGGCGAAAGGGUUUAUUCGGCCAAGCACGUCACCGUUCGCAGUACCGAUCCUGUUCACCCCAAAGAAGGACGGAGGACUUCGCAUGUGUACGGACUAUCGUGCCCUUAAUCGGGUAACAAUAAAAUCGCGCUACCCAAUCCCAUGUACAAACGAACUAAUCGACAACCUUCGCGGAGCUCGCUAUUUUUCGAAGAUCGACCUUAGCGGUGGUUACCAUCAAAUUUGGGUGUUCGCUGACGAUUGCCACAAGACCGCGUUUCGAACUCGCUACGGGAGUUACGAAUACACGGUGAUGCUGUUUGGAUUAACGAACGCCCCCUCGACGUUCCAACUCACCAUGAACGGGGUGUUCCACGAUCUACUCGACAAAUGCGUGAUAAUUUACCUGGACGACAUCCUGAUCUACAACAAGACCCCCGAGCAACAUUUAAAAGAUUUGGAAGCGAAGGGGACUUUUUACGAGUGGGGGGAGAAGCAGCAAGCUGCGUUUGAGGCAUUAAAAAAUCUUUUAAUGUCACCACCGGUACUUCGCAUCGCUGACCCGGAACGGCCCUUCGAAGUAAUCACCGACGCAAGUGACAUCGUCAUCGGAGAAGUGCUCAUGCAGGAUUUCGGCAAUGGGCUUCAACCAAUUGCGUACGAGUCUCGGAAAAUGCAAUCUGCUGAGCGCAACUACCCGGUACACGACACGGAGAUGCUGGCGAUCGUCCAUGCGUUCAAAAUAUGGAGGUGCUACCUGACUGGAGCAGACGUGACGGUACGAACCGAUCACAAAUCACUACAGUACCUGAGAGCGCAACCGAAUCUCAACCCGCGGCAGAUACGCUGGCUGGACUAUCUGGAGUCCAAUUUUACGUACAACAUCACGUAUAAAAAAGGCGCCAACAAUAUUGCCGACGCCCUUUCCAGACCAUCUGCCCAACUCGCAGCAGUACUAGUCGGCCAGAGCAACCCGCUACUGAGCAUCUAUUACUUACGAAGCGGAACAUAUCGAAUUUGGGUCCCAAGUUAUCGUCUACUUCGCGAAUUACUAAUUCAAGAAGUCCACGAUUCAAAUUUAUCGGGACAUUUCGGGGUUGAUAAAACUCUGAAGGCGUUGCAGCGGUUUUAUUACUGGCCAGAUAUGGUGACAGAUGUGCAGCGUUACGUGGCCGCGUGUCCGAUCUGCCAGCGAAUGAAGUCAUCCCACCAGCGACCUACAGGACUGUUGCAACCCCUCGAGCCACCUCAACGCCCAUGGCAAUACGUAACGAUGGAUUUCGUUACGGGACUUCCGGCCGGACCCAGCGGAAACGACGCAGUCUUGGUUGUCGUCGACCGAUUGACGAAAAUGGCGCAUUUCGCACCAUGUAGUACAACCAUUACAGCCGAAGAAACCGCGCGCCUGUUCAUCUCGACCGUUGUUCGCUUACACGGGAUACCAGCAGCAAUCAUUAGCGAUCGAGACCCGAAGUUCACGUCAAAAUUCUGGCAGGACACGUGGGCUUGGUACGGCACGCGUCUACAGUUCUCAUCCGCAUAUCAUCCCCAAACGGACGGCCAUACUGAAAAGACGAAUCAAAUGAUGGAGCAGCUGAUUCGGACAAACUGCCCCGACCGAACAAAAUGGGAGGACGUGCUACCUAUGUUGGAAUUUUCCUACAACAACGCGCCCUUGGCUACGACUAAUCACUCCCUGUUUUAUCUCAAUUACGGGAUGGACCCUACAGUGCCAAUCUCCACCAACGUUGAGAGUCAAGUACCACGAUCGCAGCAGUUCGUCGAAGAAUUACAGACUGCCAGAGACAAGGCUGCCGAACUUAUUCGCAAGGGGAAUGCAACUGCCCGACGGUAUGCGGAUUUACAUCGACGGGAUAUUACAAUGGCAGCAGGGCAACUAGUCCUGUUGGACACCAAGAAUUUACGAUUGCCACUACCGACAAAACUACGACCACAUUUCUGUGGCCCAUUCAAGAUCAUGAAGAUGUGAGUGAGCAUUUCGUUAUUCAUU